AUGAACAAUGGACACACGAGAGAGUCCAAGCACCGGAUCGCCGUUCUCGAAGAGGAAGAUGUUGAGACUUUUGUCGCCUUUUGUGAAUACGCAUACACCGGGGAUUACAAAGUCCCUGCGCUGCCGGUGGAAUGCGCAGUUAGCACGAAAACACCGGCAUCAGCGCCAACGCGUCAAAAUCAAGUUCGACCAGCUCUGAGCGAGAGUGGGAGAAACUCGGCGCUUUCCUGGCGAGGUACCUAUCGUUCGGACUCGUUUUCUUCGGUGCUACCACCUCCGGUGCCCUCGCCGCCGCCAGAGAGCCUCGUCGAAGGGCAAGAGGGGAUGCAGGAGAACGCAGUUUAUACUGUACCAGAAGAGUCUGCGCUGAGGGAAGCGCACGAAGAUAGUUCUCGAGCUGAAUCGCCUGAUGUCGUGGAAGAAGAAGAAGAAGCGGUAGCGGCGGCGCAGAGUGAGCUUCCUGUUCCGACCCCGGAGAAAGAAGCCGCGAAAUCUUCUGAGAACAGUGAAGAAGCAAAGUCUGAGCAGGCCACUGAGUCAUCUGAGACGUCGGCUCCCAGUGAGAACAUCGAGCCAGCAACAACGGAGACAGAGGAGCAUGCUGCACCCAAGGAGCCAUCACCUGCAAAGCUAGCUCUCACCGAGCCAGCAGAUUCAUCCAAAGAGAAGAAAUCGAAAAAGUCCAAGAGCAAAAAGACGAAAAACAAGCUGUCAAGUCAACCACCCGAGACGGAGCCGCCAGCGAGCCUGACUCCGCCGUCUACGCCACCUCCUCCAGAAGCUGAACCGAUUAUUCAGGAGGGAACUGCACCCGCCGAGAUUGAAGAGCAACCAGCCGUCGAUGAAUUGCACUGUCCACCGUCAGAUGAGCAGAGAGAGGAAGGUGGAGAUUCACCGUGUGAGAAACACUCCGAGUCUUCCAUUCCAGCCGUGCAGCAGCCGUCUCUACCUGCUGCAGAUGUGCCGAAAUCGCCAGAGUCAACAAAGUCGUUUGCCGAAGAUGGAAUUCCACCAGCUUCAAAUUCCAAGCCUUCAACUCCCUCUCCGUCUCGGUCGCCAACACCAUCAACCGCGCAGCGGGAGACCAUCUCUCCCAGACCCAUGCUGGACAUGUCGUUUGCACAGCAACGGUUUGAUACAUCCCCCCGACCUGCGGGGCUCAAUCUCUGGGAGGAGUUCACAGCCCUGCAAUAUGAAGACGAGGUGGUAUCUGUCUCAACGCCUCGGUUCGAUAGAUAUCCAAGUCCUCAGACUCUGCAGGGAGCCAAUCCGCCUUAUCUCACCUUUCACGCCAAACUUUACGUCUUCGCCACGCGAUAUCUUAUUCCCGCUCUCGCUCAGCUCUGUCUCCGCAAACUCCAUAACGAUCUGGUCCACCUACCCUUGAACACCAAGGAGAUAUACAAAGAGCCAGAAUCUGCCCGAGGGGAGAAAGUCAAUAUGUCCGACGCACAGGGCGUGGUGCUGGAUCUCCUGCACUACGCAUAUACCAGAACCGCUCGACUGGAGCCAAUCACUCCGACAUCCGCGACGCAGCUGCGAGAGAACGAAUUGCGGCGUCUCGUCGUGCACUAUGCAGCUUGUCGGGUAAAGCAACUGGCCAGCUGGCAUGCAGUGGGCGACAGUGGGAUGGCUACCCCGAUAGUGGCGGGGUACGCGGCUGGAGUCAAGGGAUCGAAGCCGAUGAGCAUGAAAGCCUUGCUGGAUCAGACGCCCGAACUGGCUAGCGAUCUUGUGUAUCGCAUGAUGUGA